AUGCUUUUUUUGACAUUGUUAUCACUCACAGUCGCCCUCCUAGAGGAGCACCUGCUCGCGGCCGAAAAGAGCAUUGUAGCUGUCGGUGCUGCUCGUGGCGCUCCUCGCACCCCCAUCUUUGAGGGGUGUUCUCCCUCUCCCCUCGCUCCCUCCUACGCUGCUGCUGCUGCUGUUGACUUCCUUGGUGCUGAGUCUGUUGGCGCUGCUUCUACUCCUGGUGGGAGGCGCCGCACCGGCAAGGGCAAGGGGGGCAAAAGUGGUGGUGGUGGCGCUGGUGGGGGAGGAGGUGGGGGAGGUGGGGGGGGAGGCGGUGCUGGAGGGAGCGGUGGCGGGAGCGCUGGUGGGAGUGGGGUCGGUGGUGGAGACGGGGGCGGCGGAGGGAGCAGUGGCAGUAGUGGCGGCGGCGGCGGUGGCGGUGGUGGCGGUGGUGGCGGUGGUGGCGGUGGCGGUCGGAGCGGUGGUAGUGGUGGCGGCGGAGGUCGGAGUGGAGGCACUGGCUCUGGCCAGAGCUCCCAGCAGCAGCAGCGUCCCCAGACGACCCAGCAGCUUCGUGACCGCAAGGGACAGACGUGUGGGAGGUUCCACACCCCGUACCGCUGCUUCUCCCGCCUUGACGACGCUUGGCGUGAGGAGAUGGGUGCGGAUGUUGAGCGCCCCCGCUGGGCUGAGCUCAUGAGGGCUGGUGUUGAUGUCUUUGCUCUUGACUAUGAUGCUAUUAUUGCUGCCAUGUAUGCAUUGACUGUUAGUGCCGAGGGAGACUGUUACCUGUGUGUGCCGCCUGACCCAGGUAUAGAGCCCGCUGCCCUUGGUACUAGUGAGUCUGCUCUCUCUGGUAUGGUGCCCCCUGUACUUGCUCCCUCCAGUGCUGUCCCGGCUGGUUUCGAGUCUGCUCUCUCAGGUACAGCACCCACAGCGACUGCUCUCUCAGGUACCGCACCGGCUGAGGCCUGUCACACCUUCACCCUUGACUCAGGUGCUUCCCGUUGCUUCUUUCGUGACAGUACUGAGCUCACACCGCUUCCUGCACCGGUCCCAGUCUCCUUGGCUGACCCCUCUGGGGGCCCAGUCCUUGCCCAGUCCACCACUGUCCUCCCUUGUCCGGCGGUUCCGUCUGGCUCGUUGUCGGGUUUCCACCUCCCCUCGUUCUCGACGAACCUGGUGAGCAACGCUGUCCUCCAGGAUCAGUGGGUUGACACCUUUACCCCUGGCGGACAGCGUGUGGCGAUCUGCACGUGCUCCAGGACCGGCCGUCACCUGGCUACGUUCACCCGUCGGCCGGGGUCGAGUCUCUACACACUGACCACUGCGUCUCCCCAGGUAGCUGCUGUCGGUCAGGUGUCUGCGUCAGGUCUGGUGGCCCACGCCUGUGAGUGUCGUUCCCUGUCGCACCAGACUCUUCUCUGGCACCACCGCCUGGGUCACCCCUCCUUGCCACGCCUUCGUGGCAUGCACCGUCGCCUCCUUGUGUCCGGUCUUCCCAGGUCCCUCCCUCCCCUCCCUGCCUCGCCUGCGCCGCCUUGCCUUCCUUGCGUCGAGGGGCGGCAGCGCGCCGCUCCUCACUCCUCCUCGUUCCCCCCGACAGAGGCUCCUCUGGAGACCCUCCACCUGGACGUGUGGGGCCCAGCCCGCGUUCGUGGUCAGGGCGGUGAGCGGUAUUUUUUGCUGGUUGUCGACGACUACUCGCGUUACACCACGGUCUUCCCCUUGCGCACCAAGGGUGAGGUCCCUGCUGUUCUGAUCCCUUGGAUCCGCACGGUUCGUCUCCAGCUCCGCCGCCGUUUCCGGACGGAUCUUCCUGUCCUGCGUCUGCACUCUGACAGAGGUGGUGAGUUUUCCUCCGACCUCUUGAGGACCUUCUGUCAGGCGGAGGGCAUCGAGCAGACCUUCACGCUUCCGGACUCCCCACAGCAGAAUGGGGUUGCUGAGCGUCGCAUUGGCCUGGUCAUGGAGGUCGCUCGUACCUCCUUGGUCCACGCGGCGGCUCCCCAUUUUCUGUGGCCGUUUGCUGUCCGGUACGCCGCGCAUCAGCUCAACCUCUGGCCCCGUGUCUCCUUGCCGGAGACCUCGCCCACACUGCGUUGGACGGGGGAGGUUGGCGAUGCGUCGCGCUUCCGGGUGUGGGGUGCUCGUGCCCUUGUCCGCGAUACGUCUGCGGACAAGCUCUCCUCCCGCACGCUUCCCUGUGUCUUCCUUGGCUUUGUCCCUGACGCGCCUGGCUGGCAGUUUUACCACCCCACCUCGCGCCGGGUCUUCGCCUCUCAGGAUGUCACCUUUGACGAGUCGGUCCCCUUUUACCGUCUCUUCCCCUACCGCACUGCCCCCCUCCCUCCCCCGCCGCUUUUCCUUGCUCCUGGUCCCCCUCCGGUAGACCCCCUUCCCCCUCAGGGUCCUGCUCCUUCAGGUGUCUCUCAGGUAGACCCUCCUCCCGUCGCUGAGCCUGUCGAGGUCACAGGUGACUCAGGUGCUGCUGCGGGUGGUGCUGCUGGGAGUGCUGAGCCUGGGGGUGCUGAGCCUGGGGGUGCUGGGCCUGGGGGUGCUGGGACUGAGGGUGCUGGAGCUGAGGGUACGGUGCCUGAGAGUACGGAGCCUGGGGGUGCUGCGCCUGGGGGUGCUGAGCCUGCGGGUGCGAGGCCUGGGAGUGCUGGGACUGCGGGUGCUGGGGCUGAGGGUACUGUGCCUGAGAGUUUGCCGCCUGGGGGUGCUGAGCCUGGGGGUGCUGCGACUGGGGGUGCUGAGCCUGCGGGUACUGAGCCUGCGGGUACUGAGCCUGGGGGUGCUGCUACUGAGCCUACGGAGCCUCGGGUUACUGUGUCUGGGGGUGCUCCGGUUCGGGGUGCUGAGCAGUCUCUCACACCGCAGCAGCUUCGUGACUGGUACGUCCGACGCUUUCGCCGUCCUAGUGGCUCGGCUGGAGUUGGGGGUGCUGGAGUUGCUCGUCCUGGGGGUGCUCGUACUGGGGGUACUGGAGCUGCCGGGACUGGCUGUUCUGGGAGCGCUGCGACUGGAGCUGCUGGAGCUGGGGACUCUGGCGUUGGCGGUGCUAGCGGAGUUGGAGCUCCCGACUCUGGGGGUGGCGCUGCUGCUGGUGCUGCGGACCCACCUGGUGGAGCUGCUGCUGGUACUGAGGAGUCGGACGGUGGAGCUGCUGCUGGAGCUGGGGACCCGGCCGGUGGAGCUGCUGCUGGUGCUGUGGACCCGGACGCUGGAGCUCCUACUGAGCGUCGUGAGCCUGAGUCUCGUCCUGCGUCGCCUGUUCGUCCUGCUCGCACUGGUAGUCGUGUCCGUCGUGAGCGUCCUCCGCCUGUCCCAGGCACUCACUACAUGACUCUGCGUCCCUCUACUGCUCCUCGGCGUGUCCCUCUACCGUCUCCUCCUGCGUCCUCUUUGCCUGCCGUUCCGGACCCUGAGUCUGACCGGUAUCGCGCUGAGCACCCUACAGUCACGCGUCUCCUUGCUACUGUUGUCACUGACCCCACCUUUGAGUCCUCGGCUGCGUCUGCUCUGGUCGCUGAGUUGGUUGACUUUGCUGCUGCCUGUCGUCUAGACUACGCUGCUAGCCUUGUCGCUGAGUCAGAGUCUGCGUCAGUCUGUCCUCCGUCCGUCGGGGGUGAGUGUGCUCUUGGCACGGACGUCCUUGAGGACAGGCAGGAGGACUUUGACUCACUUGCGGCUGCUGUACCUCAUCUCGUGGCCUGGUUGCUUGCCCCUGAGGGAGACCCGGAUGCACUAGACAUCCCCACUCCGCGCACCUACGCAGAGGCGAUCUCGGGUCCCUACUCCUCUCAGUGGCAGACAGCCAUGGACGCAGAGAUGGCAUCCUGGAAGUCCACAGGCACCUACGUCGACGAGGUUCCCCCUCCUGGGGCGAACAUCGUCGAUGGCAUGUGGAUUUUCAGGGUGAAGCGGCCGCCAGGUUCUCCGCCUGUCUUCAAGGCUCGUUACGUUGCUAGAGGCUUCAGUCAGCGUCAGGGGGUCGACUUCUUCCAGACCUUCUCCCCCACCCCGAAGAUGACCACUCUUCGGGUUCUGCUGCACGUUGCUGCUCAGCGUGACUACGAGCUUCACUCUCUUGACUUCAGCACAGCGUUCCUGCAGGGCAGCCUGCACGAGGAGAUCUGGCUGCGCCGCCCACCUGGCUUUACUGGGUCGUUUCCCCCUGGUACCCAGUGGAGUCUCCGCCGGCCAGUCUACGGUCUCCGCCAGGCGCCACGUGAGUGGCACGACACACUGAGGACUACUCUUGCGGCUCUUGGGUUCGCGCCGUCUACUGCUGACCCGUCGCUGUUUCUGCGCACAGACACGUCGCUGCCGCCGUUCUACAUCCUCGUGUACGUCGACGACUUGGUCUUUGCUACUGCUGACACUGAGGCACUCGCUCGUGUGAAGUCGGAGCUGCAGAAGAGACACACCUGCACUGACCUGGGUGAACUGCGUAGCUACCUUGGCCUGCAGAUCACCCGGGACAGAGCUCGCCGCACCAUCACCCUGACUCAGUCACACAUGGUGCAGCAGGUCCUUCAGCGCUUCGGCUUCCAGUUCUCCUCACCACAGGCCACACCUCUGGCUACCAGCCACUCGCUCUCAGCUCCACCUUCGGACGAGCCCGUAGAGCCGAGUGGCCCGUACCCAGAGCUUGUAGGCUGCCUCAUGUACCUGAUGACUUGCACGCGACCUGACCUCGCGUACCCUCUUAGCAUCCUUGCUCGUUACGUUGCGCCUGGGAGACACAGGCGAGAGCACUGGGAGGCUGCUAAGAGGGUGCUGCAUUACCUGUGCAGUACAUCAGGCAUGGGGCUGGUGCUUGGAGGACGCGACAGAGUUGUCCUCACUGGUCACUCGGACGCCUCUUGGGUGGACGACCUGGCUACGCAGCGGUCGUCACAGGGUUACACCUUCAGCCUUGGCUCAGGUUCUGUCUCGUGGCGGUCCACCCGCUCUUCCUCUGUUCUCGGCUCUAGUUGUGAGGCUGAGAUCUACGCCACAGCCAUGGCUGCACAGGAGUUACGCUGGCUCACCUACCUGCUGACUGACUUGGGAGAGCGGCCUAGUUCUCCUCCAGUUCUGUACGGUGACAACAAGGCGGCUCUUGCCUUGUGUCAGGAGCACAGACUGGAGCACAGGACGAAGCACAUUGCUCUUCGCUACUUUCUUGCUCGAGAGCUUCAGCAGCGCGGUCAGCUUCGGCUUGUGUACGUGGACUCGAAGGCCAACACUGCUGAUAUCUUCACCAAGGCGCUCCCGCCUAGUGAUCAUCAGCGGCACUGUACUUCUUUAGGCCUUGUGUCCACGUUUCCUCACUUGCUCACUGCUUGA